UUACUGUAACGAGAAGGGCUGCAUGAUAGGUAUGAAGGAGCUCCGAGGGAUGUCACAGCCAGGGGAUAUUGUGAUUGGAGCAGUGGUACCAGUACAUGUGGACAAAAUGUACCCUGCAACUAUCUUCACUGAGACCCCCUCUUCAGCCAUCUGCAAAACGUUUCGGUUUGAGAACUACCAGCGCAUCCAGGCUUUGAGAUUUGCAGUGGAGGAGAUUAACAAGGACCCAGAUCUUCUACCCAACAUCACCAUUGGAUACCAGAUCUUGGAUUCUUGUACAGUUUUGCAAAGGGCUCUCUCUGGGACACUGCAGCUCCUGACUGGCCACAAAGAGCCUGUGCCUAAUUACCGGUGCCAACAAGCUAUGCCUUUAGCCGCUAUCAUUGGCCAUUCCAUAUCUACAUAUUCCAUGAUGUUAGCCCAUAUCUUAGGGCUUUACCGAUACCCACAGAUAAGCCACUUUUCCACCAGCUCCCUCUUAAGCGACAGAACCCAGUUCCACUCCUUCUUCAGGACUGUUCCCAGUGAUGCUUUUCAGUGUCAAGGGUUAGCCCAGUUGGUGUUACAUUUUGGAUGGACCUGGGUGGGACUAGUAGCUUUAGACAAUGACUAUGGACAACAAGGCAUCCAGAUGAUUAAGAGAGAUUUACUAAAUGCUGGAGCUUGCGUGGCCUUCACUGAGAAUAUUAUAUUAAAUCAGCAAAAUCGUAAUGCCCCACAGAUUGCUCGUGUCAUAAAGGAAUCGGCAGCCAAGGUCGUGGUUUUCUUCUCCACUGAUAUAGACUUAUUGUUUGUCCUGGAUGAAAUGCUAAGGCAGAACAUAUCUGAGAAGAUACUGGUUGCCAGCGAAGCUUGGGCUACGUCUGCUUUUCUAGCAGAAGACAAAUAUUCAAAGAUUCUCUCUGGUACCAUCGGAUUUGCGCUCCACAGUGGAACAAUACCUGGAUUUAAAGACUUUCUCAACAGUAUUCAUUUUUCUUUAUCCCUUGAUGAUGAAUUGCUAAAGAUAUUUUGGGAACAAGCCUUUGGUUGCCAAUUUCAGGAUCAGGCUAACGCCACAGUCACUUCAGAGUAUUCAGUAAAAAUCUGCACUGGAUCUGAAGAUUUGGGAAAUAUCCAAAAUAGUUACAAUGAUGUGUCUAGUCUAAGAGUCACCUACAACGUCUACACAGCUGUCCGUGUCGUAGCUAAAGCUCUGCAUGAUUUGAGCAGAUGUAAUGAUGGGGAAGGGCCAUUUUGUAAAGGAACAUGUGCUUACAUUGGAAGAUUUGAGCCAUGGCAGCUGUUGCAUUAUAUGAAGCAGGUACGCCUGAAAACAGGCAGUGGAACAGAGUUCGCUUUCCAUGAAAAUGGCGACCCCACCGCCGUAUAUGAUAUCAUUAACUGGCAGUUCAGCCCACUGGGAAAGAUCCAGCAGGUUAAAGUGGGAAGCUAUGACACGGGAGCCACGGCCGGUGAUAUUUUCACUGUUAAUAUCAGUGCCCUACACUGGAGCACGGGGCAGAAAGAGCAAGGGCUAUUCCUCAUUGUAAACUCUGCUUUACAGGUUCCUCGGUCCAUCUGCAGUCAGAGUUGCCCACCAGGUUACAGUAAAGCAGUUCUCCCUGGGAAGCCUGUUUGUUGCUUUGAGUGUUUCCCUUGUCCCCACGGUGAAAUUUCCAACAAAACAGAUUCACCAUAUUGCUUCAAAUGCCCCUGGGACAUGUGGCCAAAUAUUAAGAGAGAUAGCUGCCUCCCAAAGCCCAGAGAAUUCCUCUCCUAUGAAGAUUCCUUGGGGGAAACCUUGGCAACAACAAGUAUUUCCUCCUCGUUGGUCCCUUUUGCCAUACUGGUGCUUUUCGUUCACUACAAAAUCACACCCAUUGUUCGAGCCAAUAAUUAUCUACUAAGUUGUCUUCUUCUGGUGUCCCUGUCUCUCUGCUUUCUAUGUUCAUUGUUUUUCAUUGGCUUCCCUCACCCGGAGAUGUGCCGUCUGCGCCAGGUGACCUUUGGCAUGGUCUUUGCCCUCUGCAUCUCCUGCAUCUUGGCCAAAACUUUUAUGGUGGUCGUAGCUUUUAAGGCCACUAAACCAAACAGUAGCUUGAAAAAAUGGACUCGUCCUCGAAUAUCUUAUUUGAUUGUUGUUCUGUGCAUUCUCAUUCAGACUUGUCUUUGCACGAUGUGGCUGCUCUUAUCCCCUCCGUUCUUUGAGGAGAACAUUAGAACUAAAGUUGGAGUAGUCAUUGUUGAGUGUAAUGAUGGUUCCUCAGUAGCAUUCUGGUGCAUGCUGGGAUACCUUGGACUAUUAGCAUCCGUUAGUUUCUUUGUUGCCUUCCUGGCCAGGAGACUCCCUGACAGCUUCAACGAAGCUAAAUUUAUCACAUUCAGCAUGGGGACUUUUCUCAGUGUUUGGAUCUCCUUUAUCCCUGCCACAAUGAGUGCCCGUGGUAAAUACAUCGUGGCCAUGGAGAUUUUUGCCAUUCUUUCAUCCACAUGGGCACUGGUGGUUUGUAUGUUUGUUCCAAAAUGUUUCAUUAUCUUGUUCAGACCGAACAUGAACUCCAGAGAACAUCUGAUGGGAAAGGAAAAAAGGGGAUCUGAGAAACAAGCAUGUAAACAAAAUAAUACAACUGGAAGACACUAAACAUCCAAGCAGCCUUAUUAAUUCCACAGUGUGCCUUCAAACUCUUUCCAACCUUGCCUAUUGGGAUCAGAGAUAUUAUCAGGCAUCUGUAUCUUAUGGUAGGACUGGCCAAGCAUAAAUUGUUGGCUGCUAGUUGCCCUUUGUCUUUAUUUCCAGCCAUAGUCCCAAUUGGUUGAUUUUGCACACGAUCUUCUUCCCUGAUCCACUGUAUGAAAAAUGGACUCUUUCAAGACUCCUUUAAUAAGUAACUAUUGGUGUGGAAAUCAUUUUAGAAUCCAUACAUUUGUCAUUAUUAGACCCUUGGAAAAACGUUAUUUUAUAUUCCUAGAAAAUGUUACAGCAAAAAGGGUUUACAUUGUAUUUGCCUCCCUUUGGGUCAUGAUAUGCAGUCACAAUAAAUAAAAAAGAGAAAACAAUAUGAAUAUAUGUAAUCAUGUAAUGUAAAUGCAUGUAAACUGUGAACAACUAUAGCGUGUAAUAAAAUAUACAAAAG